AUAUACAUAUAUGUCAUUAUAGGUGUAGUAUUUACCAUUCGUGCCAGUAGAGAGGUUAGAAACGUUUUAACGUGCUUAAUAUUUCUUUGUUUUGUAUUAUUUGUUCGCAUUUCGUAUAUCAAUUUUUUAAGCAGCAUGCGAUGACGACUCUUAACCAUCUUCGAAAAAGAUCUGCCAGAGCUGUACAAUUUUUACAAUCGCAUAAGUACAAUGCUUCCAAUAAUCUUAGGUUAUUCCUCCGAAAUGAAUCGAACUUUGUACCGAAGCGAGUGCUCAUUGUGGCAAAAUUGUCACGAUAUCAUUUUGAAAAAAUACGAGAACCAAACUUGAGUGACGAACAAUUAAAGUUUAAAUUAUUGGAAAGGGGUUCUGAUUAUGAUACAAUGAUAGCUAGUCAUAUAGCAACCAAACAUGUAAAAAAUCAAGUAAUUGAAGUCUUAAAGAAACUGAAUAUAGAAUAUAAAAUAAUAAAUAGAGAAAAUCUAGACAGAUCAAAUUUUAUUUGGGCUGAUUUAAUUCUUCCGAUUGGUGGCGAUGGGACGUUUCUGUUGGCUUCAAAUAUGAUAUUCGAUGACAAGAAACCAAUAAUUGGUAUUAAUUCAUUUCCGGAAAGAUCGGAAGGGUAUCUUAUGUUAUCUCCGAAAUAUACGACAAGGAUACCUGAAAUUUUCGAAAUGCUAAAGGCAGGUCAUUACAACGUAGUAAUGAGACGAAGAAUUCGUACAACGAUAAAAGGAGAUAAUAUUUGGGACCCUCCUUUCCACACGCACGAAAAAGGUCGCGUUGUAGGUGAAGAAAAAUUUUACAUACAAGAUCUGAAGCAAGAAAUAUCAAAUAAGUUACCAAAAAAAAGACGUUUGCCUUGGUUGGCAUUAAAUGAAGUAUUUAUAGCGGAAAUACUUUCUGCUAAAAUAAGUAAUUUACUUAUAAAUUUAAAUAAUGAAGAGAAAUAUCAUUUGGUAAGAAGUUCUGGCUUGUGUGUUAGCACAGGAACAGGAUCAACAUCUUGGUAUAGAUCUAUAAAUACUGUUAGUCCACAAGUAGUAAAAGAAAUACUGAGCCUUUUAGAUAAAAAACAAAUUGACAAUGAAGAGAUUGAAAAAAUCUCUUCUACUUUCAAUGCUGGUUUACCUUUUCAUGCGGAGGAAUCAAAAUUGUGUUAUUCUGUAAGAGAUAUGAUGGUAAAUAGCAUGUGGCCUACACCAAAGUGUCUGCAACCUCGUGGAUUUUGUAAAAAACUGACAGUAAUAUCACAAUGUUACGAUGCUGGUUUAGUCCUUGAUGGUGGCAUAGCAGUACCAUUCAAUUUUGGGACUACUGCAGUAUUGGAGACUUAUCCUGAAGAUUCUUUACGAGCGCUAACCCUUCCAGAUUGAUAAGUAUUUAUUUUGAAUAAAAAUCUAGUUUUGAUUUAAUUUAAGAAGGUGGGAAAUAGUUUAAGUAUCAACAGUUUUGAUGUAUUGAAGAUUAACAAGGAUUUCACAGUAUGUGAAACUUUCAAAGUAUGUGAAAACUGUACUUUUGUAUCUCAGAAUGUUUUGGAAUUUUAUAAACAGCAUUUAAUUUGAUAUAUAUGUAUAAUUUCUCAAAGACUACUAUAAUUUUGUUACGCUUUGCAUUCUGCAAUAUAAUUGUGUACAUGUAUAAGUUAAUGUAAACCAUAUUCCAAUGAAUAGCAGUAAUAAAAUCAAUAUACAUAAUGUUCAUGUAAAUGUAAUAUCAGUGAAUUUUUAUGAAAUUGUAUUUCUUAAGAAUAAAGGAACAAAAAUAUUGUUUAUACGUAAAA